GCGCAUUGCAGAGGCUGCUACCAGCGGAGCGCCUUCGCUUCUGCGAGCUGCACCCGGCCGACAUGAAGACCCCCGGGGAGGUGUUGCGCGAGGGCGAGCUGGAGAAGCGCAGCGACAGCCUGUUCCAGCUGUGGAAGAAGAAGCGCGGCGUGCUCACCCCUGACUGCCUGAGCCUGUUCCCCACCGGUCCCGGCGCGCGCCCCAAGGAGCUGCGCUUCCACUCCAUCCUCAAGGUGGACUGCGUGGAGCGUACGGGCAAGUACGUCUAUUUCACCAUCGUCACCACCGACCGCAAGGAGAUCGACUUCCGCUGCGCGGGCGAGAGCUGCUGGAACGCGGCCAUCACACUGGCGCUCAUCGACUUCCAGAACCGCCGCGCCCUGGAGGACUUCCGCAGCCGCCAGGAGCGCGCCGCGCCCGUCGGGCAGCCCGAGGCCGGGACGGCCCGCGCGCCCUGAGCGCCGCCGCCGCGGAACCACACACUGGACGGGUCGGGCCGGACGCGGGCCGCGCCGGCAGGAGCUCAGGGAAUGCCCGGAGCGGCAGAAGCCCCGGCGGCGCCCAGCCACUGACCACGGCGAGGACAAAGGCCGGGGCUGCGUCCUGCCCGGCAGAGAAGGACCCUCCCGUGCGGAGCCGCAGAGCCUCGCCCCCGCUGUGCGGGUGCAUUAAAUUAUUGGACUAUCUAUGUAUUUAUUUUGAUGGUAUUUGUGUUAAAACCAUCUGUCUUAAUAUAUAUACAUAUAUAUAUGUGUAUAUAUGUGUGUGUGUGUGUGUGUGUGUAAUCAAUGUGUCCAUUCCAAAUAAACUACCUGACUUGUUCUCUUUUCUACCA